ACUCAGGAGCCCAGUUCUUAGUGGAGCAGCAUCAGAUCUUUGAGCCAUCAGAGGUCUGUACAUGCUUCUGAGUUUCUGAGUGCAGGCACUAAGGAUGGCGGCAAGGAUGGUGAUGGUGUGUGUGCUGGGUACUCUGCUUUGUCAGGUGUGGAGCUCCGCAGAACUUCAUCACAAUGAAGAAGAGCUGCACCCUCGGGCCCUUUACCCAUGGAGAAAUCAAGGCAAGGGAGUGGUGAGGGUGAAGAGGGACUGGAUCAUCCCUCCGAUAAGAGUGCUGGAGAAUAGCAAGCAAGUUCCUGAAGACCUUGUCCAGAUCAAAUCGGACAAAAUCUUUACAGGUGAGGUGAUCUACAAGUUAGAGGGACCGGGGGUGGACCAGGAGCCCAAGAAUCUGUUUGAGAUUGAUGAUAAAACCGGAGUAAUCAGGAGCAAGCGGCCGCUGGACAGAGAGAAAUACGACACCUUCACGCUGAAAGCCUUUGCGCUAUCCCCCAGUGGAGAGAGACUCGAGAAUCCUACCACCAUAGAGAUAGUGGUCCUGGAUCAGAACGACAACAGACCUGCCUUCACCCAGAGCCAGUUUUUUGGCACUGUCUCUGAGUUCUCAGUCCCAGGCACGUCAGUGAUGUCAGUGUCGGCCACUGAUGCAGAUGACCCAAAGACAGAAAACGCUUAUCUGAGCUACUCUAUCAUCGGCCAGGAGAGCAUUCCUGCCAACGCUGUUACCAAGACGAUGUUCGGUAUCAACAACCAGACGGGAGCCAUCUACACAAGAGACGUAGGCCUGGAUCGAGAGGUGGUGAAAAGUUUCCGAUUGAAGCUGCAGAUUGCCGAUAUGGGGGGCAUGGGACUGACAAAUGAAGGUGUGGCAAUCAUACACGUGUCCGACAUCAACAACCAUGCCCCACAGUUCAGCCCCACCUCAUACAGUAUGAUAGCAGUGGAGAACAGGAAGGACUAUGAGAUCGGCCGGGUGAAUGUGACGGACAGAGACGAUCAGGGAACAAAGAACUGGGAGGCCAAAUACUUCAUUACCAACGACCCUGAUGGCUUCUUCGCCGUCAGUACUGAUCCUGCCACCAACCAGGGCGUUCUGACAGUGGUGAAGCCUUUAGAUUUUGAAGCGCAGGAUGAGUACACCCUGAUUCUGAUGGUGGAAAAUGUCAGUCCUCUGAGCAACAAGGCACCCAACCUCCCAGUGAGCACCGCUACAGUCGCUGUGACUGUUGUGAACGAGAAUGAGGCUCCACAUUUCAGAGAGGACCCCAUAAACAUUGUUGUCCCCGAGUCUGUGGAUCCUGGGACUGUACUGAAAAACAACAUCGCUUUUGACCCUGAUAAUUCUGACCUGAGGUAUGAGAUUAGCAGGGAUCCCGAGAGUUGGCUGGACAUUGACAGGGAUACGGGAGACAUUAGUGCCAGGAGAGCCUUUAACAUGCGAUCGCCACAUGUCAAAAACAAUAUCUACAAUGCUGUCGUCAAGGUCACAGAUGCUGACGGUAUGUCUUCCACUGCCUCCGUGGUCAUCACACUGAAGGAGACCAAUGACUUCCCCCCUCAGCUCUUCCCUCUGAGUGGCUCUGUAUGUAAGGGUGCAGGCCGGAAGAGUUCCGGUCUGGUCGUGACCGCUGUGGAUGAAGAUCUUCCUCCGCAAGCUGCACCCUUCACCUUUGCCACACACUAUGACAUGUCACCAAACUGGACUGUUAUUCAAGUCAACGACACUCACGCUGUGCUUCAGCCCCUCGUGGAGCUGGAGGCGGGAGAUUACACGGUCACGGUGAUGGUGUCAGACUCCGGCAGUCCAGUUCUGAGUUCCUAUGCUCAGGUUAAUAUCACUGUGUGUCUCUGCGACUCGUUCGGAGAUUGUCAGUCUGUGACAGGGGCUAUCCUCAGCUCCAGUGUGGGGAUCAGCUUCAUCUUUCUCAUCAUCAUCAUGGCCAGUGUUGCACUCCUGCUGUUGCUGCUCCUCCUGGCUGUGGCGGUGACCACCUGCAGGAGACGCCACCACAUCAAGAAAGGAACAGGUCUGCUUGUCGGGGAAUCAGAAGACGACAUACGUGACAAUGUCUUCAACUAUGAUGAGCAAGGAGGGGGUGAAGAGGACGAGAACGCCUUUAACGUCGACCUGCUGUGGAAUCCCCAUGAUGCACCUUCCACCCCGGGCUCCUACUACCCAGGGUACCCUGGUGUUCCUCGAGGCAAGCAGCCCCUCAGGAAAGAUGCCCCGCAUAACCUGCCCUCACCUAUCUACCCACGAAGGCCUCCUGCAGACCCCACUGACAUCGAGGACUACAUCAAUGAUGGCCUGGAAGCUGCAGACAACGAUCCUAACGUGCCUCCGUAUGACACAGCUCUGAUCUAUGACUAUGAGGGAGAGGGCUCACUGGCAGGCAGCCUCAGCUCCAUCGCUUCAGGCAGCUCUGACGGAGACCAAGACUACGACUACCUCAACGACUGGGGACCACGCUUUCAGAAACUGGCCAACAUGUACGACCCACGUUAAGAUGGACUGCAGCCCAGAGGAAGAACACCGGUGUGAAACACCACCAGUUAGGAACACAGAUGAUGCCUCAGGUUUACAGAAAAGGUUGUAGUCCGGGAUAACAUCUGAGGUGUGCCAAGGAAAAAUAAACACCAUCCAAAACCACGGGCCUUCAAUCUGAUGUGCCUGGGUUUUAAUGAGGAUCAUUUGGACAAAAUGGCUUGUUGCAAAGUUUUGUGAUUAGUUAAGGAGAAGUAAGCAAGUCGGUGUAAUUGUGUGACGACAUGAUCGGCCGAGUGGAAAGGAGCCGUGCAUGCUACAAGGCAGACGGAAUGUGUGUUGCAAUGAUUGUCCAUGUCUGGUUUUGUUUAGACCUCAGACCUGGAUUGCUCAGUUAUGAUACAUACAAGAAGCCUGAGAUAUAAAACUUUUAAAUGUAUUUCUUUUUUAUAUAUACGUGAUUAUUUUAUAAGGAAAAUUUGCUCUGAUAUUGAUUUUGUUUUUCUUUUUUGAUCUUUAAUCCUCCAUUCCAGCCUCUGUUGAUCUUUUUGGGAAUCUCAGCGCAAAAUGUUACUCAACAAAACACAAUACUCUGUUAUCUAAUUGUUUGGAAAUGAAGAAUUCUAAUUGUUUUUUUUUAAUAUGAUCAUUUAAUUUAGGUUUUACUGGUGUCUACAGAAUAAAUGUAAA